CUCCCAUUCGUUGUUUUGUAUGGGACUUGUGUCCUUAAAUAGGAGGGGAAUUGGCUCUGUAUAUUUGGGGGAAAGCAAGUGAGGCGUUUACAGAGGGAAAACAUUACGGUUCCAAACUAUGAUUUAAAUGCGUAUCAGCAAGAAAGGUAAAAAUCAUUAGCCUACUCUCACCGCAAGCAAAUAAACAAAAAUGAAAACAACAGCAUGUGAGGGUAUUCUACAGAACAGUUUGGAAAGUAGUUCGGAGAGGACGAGAGAGUAUGACGAGAUCACCUCUUUCCUUGGCUCUUGGGGUCCGUUUCAGUGUCUAAUUUUCUUCUCGCUGGCGUUCAGCAUCCUGCCUAAUGGCUUGGUUGGUGUGUACAUUGUGUUUGUGGGGGACACACCGCCCCACGAGUGCCUGAUACCCCCGGACAGUAACAUCAGCGAUGGCUGGAGGAACGUGAGCAUCCCCCUGGAAGAGGUGAACGGAGUGCUGAGACGGAGCUCCUGCAGCAGGUACAAGCUGGACGCGCUUAGGAACUUCUCCUUGCUCGACCUAGACCCUCAUGUGGACGUGAACCUCAGUGAGGUCCCACUGGAGAGAUGCCUGCAUGGAUGGAAGUACAGCAAAGAGAUCUAUCAGUCCACCAUCGUCACCGAGUGGGACCUGGUGUGCGAGAAUGAGCAAAAGGAACCUCUGACCACCUCUAUCUACUUCCUGGGUGUGUUGUUUGGCACGUUCAUCUCUGGGCAGCUCUCUGACAGGUAUGGAAGGCGGCCUGUGAUGCUUGGCACCAUGGCUAUCCAGACACUGACCAUCUUCAUCCAGAUCUUCUCUCCUAACUGGGAGUUCUUCACCGCCAUCUUCUUCUUCAUUGGAGCCAGUGGAUUCUCCAACUACGUUGUUGCCUAUGUGCUUGGCUCUGAGAUGCUGAGCCCAUCUACUCGAGUGAUGUUCUGCUCCCUGGGUGUGUUCAUGGCCUCCAAUGUGGGCCAGGUGCUGUUGCCUCUGUUCGCCUACUUCCUCAGGGACUGGAGGCUCCUGGUCAUCCCCAUGGCCGCCUCUGGAUUACUCUAUAUCCCCCUCUGGUGGCUGGUCCCAGAGUCUCCACGCUGGCUCCUGUCCCAGGGAAGGGUGGAGGAGGCCGAGGCCAUACUGAGGAAAGCAGCCAGGAUGAACAAGGUGGCCGUGCCAGAAGUCAUCUUCACGCCCACUGAGAUCAUGGAGGCCAAGGCGAAGCAGGAGAAGAAGCACAGCAUGCUGGACAUCCUGAGGAACGGCAACGCUAUGGCCCUCAUCAUCAUCUGCUCCAUACUCUGGAUGGUCAUAACCUUGGCUUACUUUGCACUGCUGUUGAACACCACCAACCUGAAUGGCAACCGUUAUUUUAACUUCUUCCUGUCUGCCGUUGUGGGGAUCCCCGCUUACACAGUGGCCAUGCUGUUACUGAGAUCCUGCUCGCGCCGUUUCUGCCAGUCCUCCACUCUCAUUCUGGGCGGUGGCAUCAUCCUCUUCAUCCAGCUCGUACCCAGAGAUAUGCCAGAAUUAGCCGUUUGCCUGGAGAUGGUGGGCAAGUUUGGCAUCACGGCAGCCUUCUGUGUGGUUUACGCUGUGACAGCUGAACUCUUCCCCACUGUGGUACGCAACAUGGCCAUGGGAACAUGCUCAAUGUCCGCCCGGAUCGGAGCCAUCAUCUCCCCCUUCAUAAUUUACCUAGGAAAUUAUUACAAAUACAUUCCCUACAUCCUGAUUGGGAGUUCAGCUGUGCUGUCUGGCCUGCUCUGUUAUGUGCUGCCUGAGACGUUUGAGAAAGUUCUUCCAGAGACCAUCGCUGAGAUGCAGACAGUCAGAUGGAUUGGCCAGUGCAAGGAGAAGCAUGGAGGCCAGCAGUGUGGCACACCAAGCCCAAGUGCAGACGUCUGCCCUUCAAAAUACCCUGCAGUGCAGUCUACCUCUAUUGCAUGAUGCUUUUGUACAAAUGUUUAUACUAAAGAAUUGCCAUUUGAAUAUAUAUUUUAUUCAGCGUACUGUACAUUUUAAGUAUAAAUACAUUGAAAAGAG